ACCAACUGUCAUAGAUGUCGACAUAUUUGUGAACAGCAUUGGACCAGUGUCAUCAAUAAAUAUGGAAUACCAAAUCGACAUCAUCUUUGCCCAGACGUGGAUUGACAGCCGUCUCAGAUACAACAGCACGAUGAAGAUACUGACUCUAAACAGCAAUAUGGUCGGACUUAUUUGGCUGCCAGACACCAUCUUCAGGAACUCCAAGAAUGCGGAUUCCCACUGGAUUACGAUGCCUAACCAGCUGCUCAGAAUAUGGAAUGAUGGGAAAAUACUUUACACCUUAAGACUGACAAUAAACGCAGAAUGCCAGCUUCAGCUGCACAACUUCCCCAUGGACGAGCACUCCUGCCCUCUCAUCUUCUCCAGCUAUGGAUACCCACGAGAUGAGAUGAUUUACAAGUGGAGGAAGAACUCUGUGGAGGCGUCCGACCAAAAAUACUGGCGUCUCUACCAGUUUGAUUUUAUGGGCCUGAGAAACACUACAGACAUAAUAAAGACUACAGCAGGGGACUAUGUGGUGAUGACGGUGUACUUUGACCUGAGCAGGAGAAUGGGCUACUUCACCAUCCAGACUUACAUCCCCUGCAUCCUCACCGUGGUCCUCUCCUGGGUGUCCUUCUGGAUCAAAAAGGACGCCACGCCAGCCAGAACGGCUUUAGGUAUCACCACAGUUCUGACUAUGACUACUCUCAGUACUGUGGCCAGGACGUCAUUACCCAGAGUGUCUUAUGUCACUGCCAUGGACCUGUUCGUCACUGUCUGCUUCCUGUUUGUCUUCGCUGCUCUGAUGGAGUAUGCAACAUUGAAUUACUACUCAAACAGUGCCAGAAGACUCAGCUGUAUGAAGCCUAGACGACCAAACUACUCCGUCCUGGACAUGCGAUCUCCACACACCGUCAUCACUCUGAACAACUCCCUGUACUGGCAGGACUUUGAGGACGCUUGUGUCUACGAGUGUCUGGAUGGAAAAGACUGCCAGAGCUUCUUCUGCUGCUUCGAGGAGUGUAAAGAAGGUGGGUGGAGAAAAGGACGCAUCCACAUAGAUCUACUUGAACUGGAUGCGUACUCGCGCGUCUUUUUCCCCACCUCCUUCUUACUGUUCAACGUGGUCUACUGGGUGGGCUAUCUCUACCUUUAGCACUCUGCAGGAGCCUGUUUGCUUUCAAACGGAGGACAGCACAAUUUAACAGAAGAAAUUCAAGUGUAAUACAAGGUAACACCAAAUUAACUCUUUGUUGUGGCACCUGGAAACCAGCGUUUGUCAGUAGGCCUGUGCCAAACAGGGCGGCAGUGAGGACAGGAUGGACUGUCUGCCAUGACAAUACAUAGACAGAGAAGGACUCCAAACUUCUCAGUCAGGAGGAUGACCUGUGUCGUAGGGAAUGUACAGACACGUUAUUAUCCAGCCAUCAGUCAAAUCCAGUUGAUGAAACUCCAAUGACACUCAAACCAUUCAUAGUGCCUUCCUCUGGAGGGGUAGAUACUAUCUGCUACAAUAAUCAGGGAGACAUUAUUUAUAAAGUGAUAAUUAAAAGAGCCUGGUUUUGACUGAUUAUGGCUUCUCUCAUUCAGAGCUUUGAGAUACAUUUAUAAAACAGGCGUUUUUUAUAAGAACAACAUGAAGAACCAUUAAGUUCAUACGGACUCUCAGCCAUUAGACAUGACUCAUUCCUCCUGCUUGCAACAAUAUUACUGCUUAUACACAAUAAAUAAAUUGUAUCCAGGGAAGAGGAAGAUCUGAACAGCAGAAGUAAUCAUUUGUGCUUUACUGGCACAUUUUCGUGAAGUCAAUGUUUAAAUGGCUCUUUAUAUUGUAUUAAUGUAGUGUUCGAGCUGGGACAAAUCUCUCACCGAGGUGUCCACCGAGGUGUCCACAGUGUGAACCCAGAGGUUAAAGUUAUUAUGGGGAUGUCCUUUUAAUUGUCAUGGGAAACCUUGUGCACACUCUCAAUAAGAGGAUUUUGAAAAUACCUUUCUUUUAAGGGAAUAGUUUUGUUAUAUUUGACGCUAAUCCACCAACACAAAGAUAAAUACUUGCUGAAUAAAAAAGUCGGAAUCCAUUAGGCUAAGCUUAGCAUAAAGGGUUUUUUACAGCAUAGGAUCAUUACUUCAAUGUUUAUUUUAUCUAAAUUAUUUGUGAUUUUACUCUGGAGUCAUGGUUUAAAAUGACUUUUAUUUGUCCCACCACAGUUUCACACUGUUGAGGUAGUUUUUUGAUAUGGACAUUGUGUAAACCAUUUUAAAGGUAUGUAUAAGGGGUAUCUAUACUUUAUGCUAAGCUAACUAGCUACUUACUUUGCUUCGCUACUAACUGAGGACACAUAGAUAGAGAGACAGAUAGAAGGAAAGAAAAAGAAAGACCAUUCUCUUUAUUUAGAAGGGAGAUAUCAGCGUAUUUUCCAAAUUUCAAACUAUUCCCUUAAGAGAAAGGAGAUCAAUGAGUGGUUUAUUGAUUUGAUCUGGGUCAUACAUUACGACUGUAUUAACCUUUCCAUGUCAAUGCUUAAGGUUUCAGAGGUUGUACAGUUAGAGAAGAAAUCUUGUGCUAUGUGCAGACAUAAAAAUUGGAGUUGUGUGUGGAGUCUGCUGACUGCAUUGUUUCACAGUUAAAGAUGAAACACCCUCAGAACGAAGGCAGCCAAGCACAUAAUUCAAUUGUUAUUUUCCUAGAUGCCACACAUGUUCAUGCCAUGCAUGCAUGUUGCACAGCAGCUAUGGCAGAGCCCUUAGCACAUUAAAUACCAUAUAAAGUGAAUAGACAUAGAAUUGAGUUUUCUGCUUUCAGCUCUUAAACUAACAAAAACCCUACGGUUUUAGAACACAGUUCUUGAAUAGGACACUCAAAUUAAAUAUAAUGGGUGUUAUUUGUGCAUCAACUCAGGCAGAAAUAUAAUAAUCCCAUUCAUCUCUGUUUGGCUGUUGACUCUUGUUUGCAUGCAAUAGACAAUUUACCCAUUACCAUUCAUUAAGCUCUAAUACAUCCAGAGACAGACUUAUAGUUUUAAUGUGGACUGUUUGUUUCCUGAUUUGAUUUCCCUGUGUUUAGACUUGGCAUUAGCAACCGUUGAACUGCCUUAGCGUAGACUGCCCACAGCCAAGACGAGCAGCAGAUAUUUACCUCUCAUAAUAACCUCAGCAUGGGGAAGACCUCACUUCAGCGAAGGCCACUUCUUUGCCUUGGGCAGAAUACUGAAGUAGAACUUUUUAUACCCCCAUUUUUUAGCUCUUUUAUUUGUAUCAUUAGAUUUGCUAUUUAUGUGCCAAAUAUUUUGCUAGUGCCCACUAACCCAUUUAUGUUUUCAGGAAUGUUUCAACAACCCUAAAAUACUUAAACUAAUGUGUUUUUAUAUUGCGCACACAGUAAAGUAUGGCAACCUAAGGCAAGAAAAGUAGCACAGUGUGUAUGUACACUCAGUAGUUCCACAUGGAGAAGGACAGUACACUCUGCCGGCUCUGGUGCAAAGUGUUUCCCAAUGUGCCUGCAAACAAGACAAACAGGAAGCAGCUACAUAUGAUAGUGACACACACUCCCAAAAUCUUCUUAACAUACACAAACUACUGACGGCAUUUUGGUUCUUUUCUUUGGUGCCACAAACUGGACAUUCAUGGGUUUUUUCUCAUCUCUCUAUCUUUAGUCAUGAGCGUGUGUUUUGUUCGAGAGCAGGACUCAUUGAUUUCAGGAUUUUGUAUUGCUCUCACUCAAAACCCUGCACUCACACUCAAAUUCACCCGGCUUGUGUUUAGAUUUCCUGCGGCCCUGCUUCAGCUCUUCUCCUCGAGCUCAAUCUGCUUCUGUGCGCAAGUGAAACAUAUGUUCCCAGAUUUUUUGUUCUGCUCUUUGAUUUUUUUCUUCCUCUCUAGAAUUUCUCUGUGCAGCAAAUCUUUCAAAAUUCCCCAACCAAUAGAAUGACAGAUGUAGUGUUGACAAGUGAAAUUGUCCCGCCCUCGUUGUGGGUGUGUCUUUGUGAGUCCCAUAUGGUCAGUAAUUUAAACCAGGUUCAUGCACUCCUGCCCUUCACAGCAUUCACCAGCUUCCUGUUGGUGUCCUGUAGAUUGCUGGUCAAUGUGGAGCAGCAAAAGUUGCUAGCAACUAUUAAAACAAAAAAGACAUCCUUUUUGUUUUCCACUUGUAUUUUAUGGAAAAAAGUACCAACAGCAAAAGUAACCAAAAGGAGGGUGGGGCAGUUUCAUUUGCUUCACUACACCUGGAAAUUUAACAGACUUGUGGCACAAAAACAUGUGAGAGCAGAAUAAGAAGUCUGAGAGCAGAGGUUUCACAAAUGCACAGAAGCAGCGUGAGGAGAAGAGCUGAAGCACAAGAAAAUCGAAACACAACCAGGGAUAUUUGAGUGAGAGCACAGGGUUUUGAGUGAGAGCAUUAUAAAAUCUGAACGUGAAAUCAGUGAGUCCUGCUCUUAAACUGAAAGACCAAGCUGUUUAAUAAAGAUAAGGAAAAAAAAAACAUAGAUGUUAAUAUAACCACAAAAGUCAAACUCCCGCAUGUGGCAUUUUGUCGGCCACGACGUGAAAACGGCAAGUGUUCUGACUCCCUCCUGCUGACAGAUGAAGGACGAUGCAAUAAGGUGUUCUGAGUGGUGCUAUACUUUACAAUAACUUUUGCAUUCUCCAAGAACAUACACUGUGUUUGUGGCACAUUUGCCUUUAUGACAGUGAAAGAGUUGAGGCGUAUAAUGUCGGGCUGCUCCAUCGCAGACUGACUCACACCGCAUCGCAUUCAUCCAUAAGUCUGUGUUCUGCCAAAUGGACCCUGACUGUUAAAAUCACACCGAGUGUCAAAUAAAGUCGUUCUUGUCUCACUCUGUAUUAUCAGGCAAUACUGUCGAAACACACAACACGAACAGACACAAGAAAGUUCCUGUAACAUUUAACUCAAUAAGACUGAAAAGAAAAAGUUGAAGAGUCAUUGUGAACAUGGCUCCAGAUGGUUGUAUGGACGUUUUCAAAAGUUCAUUAUUAUCAAAUGUUCUGUAAGAUUUUAUUGAUACUACUUUAAAUAGGAUUUUGUCAUAUGUUAGUUAAGGGAUUCCCAUGGGACAUAGGUCCACCCCGUUGUCCAACAUGGUCAAUUACAGAAUUCUGAGUGUGGGUUACUUACUUUUCAUGUAAGGGAUCUACAUCGAACAUUCAUGGAACCCCAUGAGAUACAAAGCAUCAUAUAUUUCGACAAAAUAAAUUCAAUGUGCCUCCGAUGUGUUAAAUUGACGCAUUGGUUUUUCGAUCAUCGGAUCUGCCCCCGCUGUGUUAUUCCCAACCUCCUCUCUGUAUUCACUCUUAAUUUCAAGCAACAUGUUUCUCCAGCUGGACCGUUGACAUUUCGGGUAUUAUCUUUCCAGACACUGGGACAGAAGAGAGGGUAAGCACUGCAGGGAGGGAUUUGAUCCCAGGCUGUAGUGUGGGCAUGUGUGUGGCUGCAGACUGAAGCGGUGAACCAGCUCUGGACGCCGUGUCGUCUGUGGCAAGGAUCAGCGGGAUUUAUGCAGACGGGGCAUCUAGGGGGGCCGAGCCAGUGACAGACAUUUAGAGAUGAAACUCAACAGUCUGUUGCGGUUGUUCCGUGUUAACCCCUUGCUAAGAAAGUUGUGUAUUCUGUGAUCUGGAAAGUUUUGUCACUUAAACUGAAAGUUUUCAGAGUGUUAGUGGAAUUUGUGUCAACUUCAAGAACAAUAAACGCAGUGCAAAGACAGCACUGGUUCUAAGCCACAUUCAGCAUCAAGCUGUUUUCAGACAUGAACUGUGGAAAAUGUACAGAGAUUAACAUCUUCGUCUGGGACCUCUACGUGUAUGGCUGCACUUUUUCAUCCGGAUAUAUAUGCUUUUAUUUAUUUUUUUUACGUCUGUCACGUGUUAGAGGCUUUAUCAACAUGCCCACUUGCUUGCAGAAGAUCACCUGCUGUGUUCUCCUUCGGACGUUCUCCUGAGGGGGGCUGGCAGGAGAAACUCAGCAGGAAGUCCAGAGGCUCUCACUCGGACAUUUGCGUUCUCGCAUACAACCCCUCCGGAGAUUCUCUGGAGUUCAGUGCAUGUCUGAAAGCAGCUUUACUGUGAUGAAUAAGCCAAAGACAUUUCUGUGCCAGUUUUUACUUUGAUAGAUGGGGAAUUGUUGUCUAUUGAUUUUUUUCAGGCUUCAGUUUCCACAUAUUCAGUGCUGUACUGUGAAGUGCCAUUUAUCUGCAAACUAUGAGCGUAACAGAAAUAAUUAGCCUAGAAGUGUUUGAAGAUGGUUUUUGUCAUUUCAUCCGCUGUUGUUUUAUCCGUGGCAGAAAUCUCACUGACAGCUCGUGCUCUGACUUGGCGUCUCUGCAGCUCUAGUGUGUUUCUACCACGAGCUUUCAUUCUGUAGCCAAACAGUGUGUUUCCACAGUGGUGAGUCAUAUUUCUGUUGACUCACCACUGAUGUAUUAUCGCCUAUCUAACCUGAUGUGUACACAAUACUCAACUGUACAACCUUUUCUGCUUUGUGUUUACAUAUUAGUGGCUUCAGUGUGACUUAGAUAUGUCAUUUCUCAAUGGUAAAGUCCAGUGCAAGUGUUGAGAUUGUACUCCUCAACAGCGUAGUGUCCUGUGAGUGGGGUUAUUAUAUUAUCAUUACAUUUUGAAGAUGUUGCUUUUUCACCUCCAUUAUCUACAUUUCAACCCUGAUGACCAUGCUAUUUUCAUACCUAUGGUUUCUUUUAUAUCUGAAAUGUGCAUUACUACCAAGGACCAGAAAAUAUGAAAUAAAGAUUUGCUUUUUCAUAAAUGUA